GUUAUGCAAUUGCACAUGAUUGCUCGGCGACUGCGGUCAACACGAGUCAAGAAUGGAGCAUUGCGAAUCGAACAGCCAAAAUUGGUAUUUUCACUAAACGAAGACACGAAGAUGCCAUAUGCAGUGAAAGCUGAAGAGGUUAUGCAAUUGCACAUGAUUGCUCGACGACUGCGGUCUACACGAGUCAAGAACGGGGCGUUGCGAAUUGAGCAGCCAAAACUGGUAUUUUCACUAAACGAAGACACGAAAAUGCCUUAUGCAGUAAAAGCUGAAGAGCCUCAAGACUCUCAUAAAUUAGAGAAAGAAUUUAUGUUGCUUGCAAAUAUCGCUGUGGCAAAGAAGAUUGAAGCACACUUCCCGCAAACAGCAUUUUUAAGAAGGCAUUCUCCUCCAAAACAGAAGGUUCUCCGUGAAGUUCUUGAAGUUUGUGAAAAGAUCGGUUUUCCACUUGAUGCAGCAUCAUCGGCACGUUUAGCUUCUUCGUUGAGCAAGUUCCAGGGUGGUAACUCUUUACUGCAGUCGAUUAAUCAGGUACUUUCGAUGCUGUUAGCAAAACCAAUGCAAUCAGGAUACUACAUGUGCGCUGGCUCAGCUAAAAAGAAGGAAGAGUAUCAUCAUUAUGCGCUGAAUGUACCAUUGUGGGUUCAGAAUGGACCGAUCGAGGCUCGUGGGGUUGUGAUUAGCGUAAUGGACGCCUCUUUCGAUGUUUUGGUUUUGCAGUAUGGAGUUGUGAAGAGAGUUUAUGUCAAUGUGAGUGUAAACUAG